CUGCAGCACAGGGGAGCCUGGGCGGCGGCAGCGCGAGCAGUCUCACGCACAGCGAAAAGGGUGAGGAGCUCGAGCCCAAGCGAGAAGCCGCACGCCCCUGCAGUCCUCCGUCGCGAGCCGCCCUCGAACCCGCAAGUGUCGCCAUGCGCGAGAUCGUGCACCUGCAGGCCGGACAGUGCGGCAACCAGAUCGGCGCCAAGUUUUGGGAGGUGAUCAGUGAUGAACACGGAAUCGACCCCACUGGAACUUACCACGGGGACAGCGACCUGCAGCUGGACAGGAUCAGUGUGUACUAUAAUGAGGCCACAGGAGGAAAGUAUGUUCCCCGGGCGAUUCUAGUGGACCUGGAGCCAGGGACCAUGGACUCUGUCCGUUCCGGACCCUUUGGCCAGAUCUUCAGACCUGACAACUUUGUGUUCGGCCAGAGUGGAGCUGGGAACAACUGGGCCAAGGGCCACUACACAGAGGGGGCGGAGCUGGUGGACUCGGUGCUGGACGUGGUGAGGAAAGAGGCGGAGAGCUGCGACUGCCUGCAGGGCUUCCAGCUGACACACUCACUGGGCGGGGGCACCGGCUCGGGCAUGGGCACCCUGCUCAUCAGCAAGAUCCGCGAGGAGUACCCCGACCGCAUCAUGAACACCUUCAGCGUGGUGCCCUCCCCCAAGGUGUCCGACACCGUGGUGGAGCCCUACAACGCCACGCUCUCCGUGCACCAGCUGGUGGAGAACACAGAUGAGACCUAUUGCAUCGACAACGAAGCUCUUUAUGACAUCUGCUUCCGCACGCUGAAGCUGACCACGCCCACCUACGGCGACCUCAACCACCUGGUGUCGGCCACCAUGAGCGGCGUCACCACCUGCCUGCGCUUCCCCGGCCAGCUCAACGCUGAUCUCCGCAAGCUGGCCGUCAACAUGGUUCCCUUCCCCCGUCUUCACUUCUUCAUGCCUGGGUUUGCCCCCCUCACCAGCAGGGGGAGCCAGCAGUACCGCGCCCUGUCCGUCCCAGAGCUCACCCAGCAGAUGUUCGAUGCCAAAAACAUGAUGGCCGCCUGCGACCCACGUCACGGCCGCUACCUGACGGUGGCCGCCGUCUUCCGAGGCCGCAUGUCCAUGAAGGAGGUGGAUGAGCAGAUGCUGAACGUGCAGAACAAGAACAGCAGCUACUUUGUGGAGUGGAUCCCCAACAACGUUAAGACGGCCGUUUGUGACAUCCCACCCCGUGGCCUCAAGAUGGCCGCCACCUUCAUCGGCAACAGCACUGCCAUCCAGGAGCUCUUCAAGCGCAUCUCCGAGCAGUUCACUGCCAUGUUCCGCCGCAAGGCCUUCUUGCACUGGUACACCGGUGAGGGUAUGGACGAGAUGGAGUUCACAGAGGCUGAGAGUAACAUGAACGACUUGGUGUCGGAGUACCAGCAGUAUCAGGACGCCACAGCCGAAGAAGGCGAGUUUGAGGAAGAAGGCGAAGAGGAGGUCGCUUGAAAUGCCAAGUCUGCUCCUCCCUCUUCCCUCCUCCCUCAUCAUUCAUUUCUCCUGCCACCCUCCCUCUAGCUUGCUCUCCCCCACUGAAAGGAUUGUGUCCUUUACAGAAAUAUAGUGAAUAGUGUUCCCUCCAGAAAUACACACCCAUUUUAACCGGUGCAUUAGUGAAUGUGUUUGUUUCUUUCUUUUGUUUUUCAUCGCCAUGAACACAUCACCCCAUCGCCAUGAACACAUCACCUCUUGUUUCACUGCUGCCCCGCAUAAAAAGGGAAGGAUUUUAACAGUAACCGUGAACCUGAAUUAAAAAUGUGUGCAAUUUGGCCUUUGAAUAAAGACAUGGAAACACAAGGUGA